AUGGUGAUUAUCAAGGACACUGAAAUUCUCAACACGGCUGUGCUCACUGGGCGUACUGUCGCUGUUCCGCUGAAGGUCGUCACUGUAGGGACGGAUGGUGCGGUCUCUGAUGUUACAGAGUCAGUGGAGUGCAAGUCAACGGAUGAACAGGUUAUCAAGGUGUCAGAGCGCUGUGACUAUGUGUAUGUCAAUGGAAAGGAGACAAGAGGAAAAAACAGGGUGAUGCUUAACUUCACCUAUAGUUUUCUGAAUGCACAACUCGAGAUGAGUGUAUGGAUGCCCCGCCUGCCCUUGCUAAUUGAUGUGGCUGACCCUGAGCUCAGCCAGAUUAAGGGUUGGAAGGUCCCUGUUAGUAUGGGCAAUAGGAGGUACGAGAGGGUCACAGAUGAUAAGGAUGGUGUCGAUCCAGUAGAGGGGAGGACAGAGACUGCUUGUGUUGCCCAGUACCAAAGCACCACUCUGCGCAUCCUCACCCACUUUGUGGCUGACAUCAGUGAAAGUAGAGGAGCCAUGGAGGAAGAUGUACUGGGCCAGCAGACCUUCCUGCUGGGCACUGACUGGCAGGUGGAUGUGACACAGUUGGUGAAGGAGUCUCUGAGGGUGGAGGACCCAAAGGUUGCCCAGCUUCUGGACGACCAAGUCGUAAUCGGGCUGAGCACUGGAAACACCAAACUACAGGUGCUGUCCCCUCUGACAUCAUCAGUCCUGGCUGAGAGGAGCAUCAGAGUGGUGGAUGAUAAAGUGAGCGUGACAGAGCUAGGGGUGCAGUUGGUAUCUGGAUUAACUCUGUCCCUGCAGCUCAGCCCAGGCAGCAACAGGGCUAUUGUUGCCACUGCAACAACACAGGAAGUUAUUGAAUCUCUCAAGCAGGAGUCCCUCAUCAGUGCUUGGCUUCAUUUCAGUGAUGGAUCCAUGACUCCUCUAGAUAACUACAACCCUGCCCAUUUUACCCUGGCAGCCACCUCAUUGGAUGAACAGGUUGUGGUGGUGCAGCAAAGUCCAGCAUGGAAGUGGCCUAUCAUUGUUGCCAAAGGAGAAGGUCAAGGUUUGCUUGUACGUGUUGAAAUGAGCCCAUCAGAAAUGUGCCAGAAGGGAAAACGACAUACUGUUUUAGCCACAGGAAUGGCGAGCACACAUGUAAGACUUGGUCAAACAGAGGAACAAUUCAGACAACCAGGUGGCCGACGUACACGCCCUGACCCUCCAUAUUAUGGCGGAUCUAUCUCUGACAUGGAAACUGGGUUAAAUAACCGUGGAGCCACUACCAUCAGGGGCCAUGUUCCAGUAAGGCCAAGUGGGGGCCGUCUUUCAGCAGAAGUUGGAGCAAGGGCUCCAAAUGAAUUCUCUGAAUAUCCCGAUCAGGCCGAGCUGCCCCGGAGCCGCAGCACCGAUGAGGACUUGUUGACCUCCCGACGAGGCCUGACGGACUUGGAGAUCGGUAUGUAUGCCCUGCUGGGAGUUUUCUGUCUGGCCAUCUUGGUUUUUCUCAUUAACUGCAUCUCUUAUGCAUACAAGUACCGUAGCAAGCAGUUCUCCUUGGAGGCUCCAGAGGCAAUGCCUCAUGCACAUGACUGGGUUUGGCUUGGCCAAGAGGAGGGGCUAUGUCUCCAACAACAGCAGCAGGACGAACUGGGCGGUACCCUAGAAGAAGGUAGUCAGCUAUUAAAUGGAGGCCUCCAGCGAGGUAAUACUGGUGGAGCAGGAUGUAGCUCAAGUGGGAGGGAUCACAGGAAUGAGUCACUUAACUCACCCACCACCAAGAGAAAGAGGGUGAAGUUCACCACUUUUUCAAGUGUCAAGUCCAGUAAUGGGUGUCCUGUCCUCAGCCCCUUAGCACUUGUGCAGACCAGUGAGAUAAAAUGGGUAUGUCCAGACAUCGAGCUCGGAGAUUCAAAGGAUCUUAGGAACUACAUGGAAAAGCUUAAUGAGAACGCAAUUAAGAACAUUGCAUAGGGGGUACUAGGUGUUUUCAUUGAACUAAAGAGAAACUCACCUGAAUGCCUUCAGACUAACAAGGGAAGGAGGAUUACGAAGGAGAGGUGAAGAAGAGACUGAAGCCGCUGUUAAACUGUACACCUUACCAUAGCAAGAGGAUAGUGCAUUCAGCCUCUGUUUUUUCAUGAAAGUACUCAGAAAAGGUCAAGCUAUGGACUACAAAAAGAUACCACAACACCACAGCAUCAAGAGGAAAAUGUGAAAUUAGUAUUGUUGCUUAAAUUAAAUGUAUGUUCUUUGUUUCUAGUUUUCUUUCCUACGCACCAUCUACGCCGCUUUGUUUUGUGUUUUGUUUUUUCAAAUCGCCAUGUUUUAAUAUCACGUUUGUUGUAAUUUUUGCGACUUUCUGUUAUUUUUCUAGAGGCUUCUUUCCCUGUCAGAAAUUAUUGAAUCUAGGAGAGUAAGGUUAAAAGAAAUUUUGUAUUGUAAAUAAAAGCAGAGUUUAAUUUGGAGGAACUGUAUGUAUAGCAACAUUUUUUAAAGUGAUGUAUGGUUUUGUUUUGCUUUAGUUUCUUUUCAGUUAGUUUUGUCUCCAGAAAGCAGAUCCACGCAUGAUGUUAUUUAAAAGGAGGCAUGUGAGUCUGAUCUGGUAUGCAAACUGAAAAUUUGUAGAUAACUAAUACCAGUACCCCUGGAGACAUGUCAUUCACUGUGGGUCAGUUUAGCUUUGGAUUCAACAUGUUGAUGUUGGUUUAAGAGAUUUAUUGGGCCCUACAUUUUCCCUCCUUAUAUUGGUUUAUGUAACCUCCUGUUGCAUAGUUCACAUAAAACUAACUUUUUAGGAUUCAAAAGGACAAAUUUUGAUUAAAUCAGAAUAGUCAAUAUAAAUAUACUGACACAACCAAAAGUAUCAAAGACAAUCACAUUUAAAAAAAAAAAUUAAAAAAUUCUUCAUUAUAAUUUUCCCAUAAAACUUGUCCAGGUUUCAAGACGUCAGAAAACACAUUUACAGUGAUUUUUCAAAUUGCUGUAUGACAUUUUGAAUCCUUGUAAACUGUAGAAGAAAGCCCAAAUCUGGCCUGUUCGCUUUUUGUCAUAAGCAGUAUUAGUCAGUUCCAACAUUUUCUACUGUAUGUCUGUUUUAAAAUUGGCUGGUGGACUA